AUGGGCUCUAAACUUGUGAUGAUAACUGUUUUUGUUUUUGAUCUCAUUGCUUUUGCUUUGGCUGUUGCUGCAGAGCAAAGAAGAAGCACAGGCAUUUCAAAGGUAGAUACAGAGGAUAACUACAAUUAUUGUGUUUAUGACUCUGAUAUAGCAACUGGGUAUGGUGUGGGUGCAUUUUUGUCUUUAAUGGCAAGUCAGCUUCUAAUAAUGGCUGCAAGCAAAUGUUUUUGCUGUGGGAAGCCAUUAAAACCUGGGAGCUCAAGAGCUUGUGCUGUUCUUCUGUUCAUCAUUUGCUGGGUCACAUUUUUCAUUGCGGAAGUUUGCUUGCUAGCUGGUUCGGUUAGGAAUGCGUAUCACACAAAGUACCGAACGAGGUUUUUCGAGAGCCCGCCUUCUUGUGAGACGGUUCGGAAGGGAGUAUUUGCAGCUGGGGCUUCAUUCGUUUUCUUCACGGCCAUUGUCUCGGAAUUUUAUUACGUGUGUUUUGCGAGAGCCAAGGGAAACUCAGUUCUUUAUGGAGGUGAAGCUGGAGUUGGCAUGACUGCAUACAAGUGA